AUGGAUAGUAGUAACGUAGAAAAAGUAGUAGCCAAAGAGAUAGAGUUACAUCAACAACUAAAGAAUCUAGAUUGUAUAGGAUUCGAUAUGGAUAUGACUAUUGUCAGAUACCACAAUGUAGAAUUACAACUAUUAGUGAAUCAAUGCAUGUCUAAAACUCUUGCUCCUAAAUUUCCUCAUCUUGCAAAUGAUAAAUUAGAACUUGAAAUAUGUCAUAGAGGUAUUAUAUUGGAUCUUGAUACAGGAUAUAUUUUAAAGUUGGGAUCAAACAAAAGAGUAUUAAAGGCAUUUUUUGGUAGUCAAGCAGUAGAUAAAAAGACGAUCCUUGAAACCUAUGAAAGUCAACCGAUUCCAGAGAAUCGUCCAUUGCACAGUUUCAAUGGUUCAAGUACCAGUCGUUUCUUUGCAUUGAUCUCUUAUUUUGAUAUCCCAGCUGCUUCAUUGUGGGUUCAUCAUAUUGAUCAUCUCGUCAAACAAGGUGUCACUGUAACUAGACCACUCAUGUUAGAGUUUCUUCAAGCUUUAAUCGAUACUUUUAAUAUUCAUUUUACUGAUUUCUAUAAAGGUGAAUAUUAUGAAGAAUUUAGAAAAAAUCCAGGUAAAUUUGUAAUUAAAGCAACAGAAAAGUGUAAAAAUUGGUUAAGAGAAUUGAAAAACAAUGGAACCAAGGUUUUAUUAAUUACCAAUUCAAAAUCAGAAUAUACUGAUCUUUUAAUGAAAUAUUGUUAUGGUGAAGAUUUCCAAGAUUUAUUUGAUUUGGUUGUUGCCGAUGCUAAAAAACCAGACUUUUUUAAAAAAGAUAGACCUUUUUAUGAUUUAGAAAGUUAUUUCCCAAAGGUUGUAAAUCAAAUUCAAGUUGAUGAAGUUGUAUUUAACAAAAAGACAGUUUAUAAUCAUGGAAAUGUUAAAACUUUAAUGGAUCAAGUUAGAAAAUCAAAAGGAAAAUCAGAAACUGAUUUAAUCUCUUUUUGUUAUGUUGGUGAUCAUUUAAUUGGUGAUGUUAGUGUUCCAAAACAAUUUUCAAAAUGGAUGACAAUUGCAAUUGUUGAAGAGAUUGAAGAUCCAAAUGAAAUUGUAGUAUUAAAAAAGAAAACCAACUACAAGGAUGGUAAUAGAUAUGAAUGGGGUAGUUUCUUCCAUUUCCAUGAACACGACAGUCAACAAGUACCCAUUGAAACCUAUUGGAGUUCGAUUGUUCGUGAAAACGCCGAUAUUAUGUUGGGCAGCGUCGAAACACUUGCAGAAUAUUUCCAUCAAGACAAGUUUGAUAAACAAUCACUUCAACCAUGUGCUGUCAUUUAUCAAAAUGAUUCUGAUUUCUAA